UUUGUUGUUCAUCGUUCGUCUUCGUAAGUUUUCUGCGAUGUCUGUUUCUGGUAGGGCAAAGACCAAUCUUGGAAUGAUGUCGAGUGUUCAUGAGGUUCUAAACAGCGAUGAUGCUAUGUGUGAGAUUCUUCUUCUGUUACCACCUGAAACUACCUAUAAGCUGAUUCUGGUGUCAAAGAGGUGGCUUCAGAUUAUAUCCAGCCCUUUCUUUCGUCACACUUACCUUACCAAAUGGAAGCCGACCUUUCAUCUAAUCGGCUUCUUCGUCUGCAACACAAUGUACCUUGGUAAAAAGAUUGAAGGAGUUCGUCGUCCUCGCUCUGAAUCCUCUCUACCUUUGCUCUCAACGAGCACUUUAGGUGAUGAAAUCGAAUCCUCUGGUAUUCUGCAGAAGCUUGGAUAUUACAUCGAUUCAUCUAACGGCGUCCUUCUCUGUGGCCGCCAUCCAAAAGCUUAUUACUUGUGGGAUCCCAAAACACGGAAGCAUCAUCAGAUUCCACGCCCCAGAGUCCAUUUCGAUGAGCUUUGUAUGUCCUUGAUCACUGAGGAUUGUCCUCUUAAAGGUUUUAGCUACAAGGUGAUUCGCGCUGAGUGUGUUUCCUAUUCGGUUCAGAGUACAAAGGUGAGGGUAGAGACUUACUCCUCUAUAAACACCACAUGGAGUUACUCUGAGCUUACUUGCCCUGAGCCCAUAUCUCUCAGUCCGUGGAAUCCUGGGAGAGUAAUCCAAGGUGUGGUUUAUUGGCAUGUCACUGGAGGUAAAGUUGCCAUCUAUGACUCAAACGAUGAGGAGAAGCGGAUCAAUGUGAUGAAGCUCCCGAAAACUUACGACUAUGAUGAACACGUUCUGGGCGAAUCUGCUGAUGGGUUUCUGCAAUAUGGAUGGAGCAAUAAGUCUGUAAUGGAGAUAUGGAAGCUGGAAAAGGUAAGCAAUGUGCUUCAGUGGACCAUUCAGUUUAAGAUGAGUUUCAAGGUGAUGUGGAGGAUGAACCCGGUGGAAUCUAAAAGAUUCAACACUCGGACUAAAGAAACGCAGCUGCUCGCGUUCCUCAAUCAGAAAUCAGACUCGGUUUUCAUUAGAUGUGACUCACAGAUCUUCUUAUGUGAUACACAGACUCUAAAGGUUGAAGAAGUUCAGUACCAAGGACGAAAAUCUUCAUUUGUUUGGGAUUUCUGCAAAGUCGUGCCUUACUUUCAACUAUCUUGGCCUUCUUCUCCACUGCUAGAAGAAAAAAACAUCUGAAGAUCGAUACUCCUCACUGUCAUGUCGCUUUUCUGCAGUAAGUAAAGUAGUUUAUGGUAAUCAGUUUCUGUGUAGGCCUCUAAUAACAUUUUGUUCGUAUGGCCAUUGAAUUAUGGUUUGUUUUGUUUAGCGGUUUAAGGUUUUUGGUUUGACCAUUGAUGAACCUCUUCAUGGCCUUUGAACUACGGUUUAGCCAUUAAGGAUUGUGCCUUCUGUAA